UGGCCGCCGCCUGUCCCCGCGGAGGAGGCGCAGCAGCCGGAGAUGGCGGCGGUGCUGAACGCAGAGCGACUUGAAGUGUCUGUCGACGGCCUCACGCUAAGUCCGGACCCGGAGGAACGGCCCGGUGCGGAGGGCGCCCCGUUGCUGCCGCCGCCGCUGCCGCCGCCCUCCCCUCCCGGAUCCGGUCGGGGCCCGGGCGCCGCAGGGGAGCAGCCGGAGCCCGGGGAGACGGCGGCUGGGGGCGCGGCAGAGGAGGCGCGGCAGCUGGAGCUGCGCUGGGGCUUCGGCCUGGAAGAGCUGUACGGCCUGGCUCUGCGCUUCUUCAAAGGAUGGCAGUUACAGCAGCAGAUAAUGGCAGCUUUAAACUCCCAGACUGCAGUGCAGUUCCAGCAGUAUGCAGCCCAACAGUAUCCAGGGAACUACGAACAGCAGCAAAUUCUCAUCCGCCAGUUGCAGGAGCAACACUAUCAGCAGUAUAUGCAGCAGUUGUAUCAAGUCCAGCUUGCACAGCAACAGGCAGCAUUACAGAAACAACAGGAAGUAGUAGUGGCUGGGGCUUCUUUGCCUGCGUCUUCAAAAGUGAAUGCAACUGCGCCAAGUGAUAUGAUGUCAGUUAACGGACAGGCCAAAACCCACACUGACAACUCUGAAAAAGAACUUGAACCAGAAACUGCAGAAGCAGCCCUGGAGAAUGGACCAAAAGAAUCUCUUCCAGUAAUAGCAGCUCCAUCCAUGUGGACAAGACCCCAGAUCAAAGACUUCAAAGAGAAGAUUCGGCAGGAUGCAGAUUCCGUGAUUACAGUGGGCCGAGGAGAAGUGGUCACUGUUCGAGUACCCACCCACGAAGAAGGAUCAUAUCUCUUUUGGGAAUUUGCUACAGACAAUUAUGACAUUGGGUUUGGGGUGUAUUUUGAAUGGACAGACUCUCCAAACACUGCUGUCAGCGUGCAUGUCAGUGAGUCCAGCGAUGACGAUGAGGAGGAGGAAGAAAACAUUAGUUGUGAAGAGAAAGCCAAAAAGAACGCCAACAAGCCUCUGCUGGAUGAGAUUGUGCCUGUGUAUCGACGGGACUGUCAUGAGGAAGUGUAUGCUGGCAGCCACCAGUAUCCAGGGAGAGGAGUCUAUCUCCUCAAGUUUGACAACUCCUACUCUUUGUGGAGGUCAAAAUCAGUCUACUACAGAGUCUAUUAUACUAGAUAAAGAUGUUGUGACAAAGUCUGGAGUCUAGGGUUGGGCAGAAGAUGGCAUUCAAUUUGGAAGUUUCUUUUGACUUUUGUGGAGCAUUGGAGUCAGUGUUUACUUAUUGAUUUUGGUCUGAUGGUUUGUAAACUCUUAUUGGGAAUAGAAUUUCCUUGAGACUCUUUAGCAUUAAUACUUUGGGGUUAAAAAGGAUUCCUCAGACUCAUCCAGCCUUUGGGUGCUGACCAACAGAGUCACUAGUGGAUGCUGAAGUUACAUGAGCUAUGUGUUAAAUAUUUAAAGUCUCCGAAAUAAAACAUCCCAACAUUGACCUUACCUGGCUGAUGGUUAGUCCAUUGCUGCCUCCCUCAUAUGUUUUAUGAGAGCCCAUAGAUACAGCACCCUCUAAUUUGAAAUCCUUAAGUUUGAUAGUCUACAUCAGGCUUUGAUUGAAGGUCAUCAUUUUUAAAAGUUAAAAACUCAAGACCUCACAGAUUAUAAUAGAAAAAGAAGUUGUCUCAAUUUGAUCUUGUUCAAGUGACCUUGAUUGGUUUUGCUUUAGGUGCAGCUGUUUAGUUUAGAGUUACAUCACAGAGAGUUACUUUCUGAGAUAAUCUUAAACUAGAAUGUGCAAACCCAAUUGAUAAUUGAAGUAUCAAGAUACGUGGAACACAUCAGACAUCCUCAUGAUCUCCAUUUUAUCCUUCUUAGUAUCUUUAUUACCUUUCAUCUGUGCUUUUAAAAGCAUAGAGCCUCCACAAACUUUCAGUCCUUGUCUCUUUAUUUGGUAUUCAUAUUACUAGUAGUAAAAUAAAAUGAAUUAAUUUUUGUUUUGAUUUGGCUUCAUAGAACAUCUCAAAUUGAAACUUUUCUGCACAAAGAAUACAGUUAGAGGUUUUGUAAACUCAAAUUGGCACCUACUGAAUUAAAAUAUAUAAAAUCAUUUAAAUGUAAUUCAGUGUAUGGAAAAUAACAUUGCACUAAUAUGGAAAUCACUGCCAGAGACAGUCCGUUUUCUUUUAAUUUGUUACUACUUAGGCACAAACCCUACAUGAUUCCAGUUUGGAAUUGCUUAUUAAAGAGAAUUGGAAAUGCACAUGCCCAUGCUUAAAUUUUAUAGCUUUAAUCUGUAUUAUGUCUUUAUUAAUGGAAAGAGGUAGAUCUUUUCUGUUUUCAGUAAAGAAAACAAAUACGCAUUAAUUGCCUCAAAUUUGUGUAAAUGAUUGGCUAGUCUAGAGAUUCUUGUUUCCAGAUGGGAGGGGGUGGUCCAGAUAGCAAAUGACAAAGAUGGCAAUAUACAGUUAAUGUUGUUAUUAUAUGUUGUUACUGAAAUACUUAGAUUUUUAAAAUUUCAAAUCAUAAAUCACUUCUUGUAGGAGGGUUUCUUUCCAUUGAUUAGUUGCAGUAUAUACAGUUCACUACAUAUGGGGUGUUUAAGUUUUUUGUGUGCUGCAUUUCUUUCUGUUUUUUAAUACCUGGUUUUAUACAUAUCUAACUCUGUUCUUUGUUGGUUGUUCAGAAACUGGAUUAUUUUCUCUUAAGCAGUGCUUAAUUUGUGUUUUUAAAUUUCAUUUCAGAAGUAGUCCCAACUCAUAAGUAUCCAUACUGUUAUAUCCAGAACAUUUGUCCUCUGUCAGCUCUCAUGUACAUAUGGGAUAGAAACCACGGAGUUAGGCACUUCCUGGCUUUUUUUUUUUUUUAAUGAGAAAAAUACUGUAUUUAAAAUGUAAAAUAAACUUUUAAAAAGCAGGCACUAA